CUACUUUUACAACCAACUUUAUCAGCUUCUCAGUAUCAUUUUGUCUCUUCAGAUUCCUGUAUUUUCUUUUGGUGGUGUUUGUAUUUUUGAGAAAUCUCUGUUCUUGCAAUGGCGGAAGAAAAUGCAGGAGAGCAUCAAGAUCGCGGGCUGUUCGGCUUGUUUGGGAAGAAGAAAGAAGAGGAGACACAUCAGCAGCAUGUCAGUGCUGUGGAUCCACACAUGGCGGGUGUGACCCCGCAUGAGCAGGGACACGUAGGCGAGGCUCACCCUGUGCCGGUGUCUCAUGGCCACGUGGAGGAGGGAAAGGUCCAUGGCGAAGGUGUGGAGAAGAAACAGGAAGGGGGCCUCAUGGCAAAACUGCAUCGAUCUAACAGCUCUUCUUCCAGCUCUUCUAGCGAUGAGGAAGAAGAUGAAAAGGGAGAGAAAAAGAAGAAGAAGAAGAAGGGUGGAUUGAAAGACAAGAUAAAGCUUCAUGAGAAGAAAGAGGAAGACCACGGUCAUGGCAAGACUGAAGAAGAGGGAGAGAAGAAGGGGUUGAUGGAAAAGAUCAAAGAAAAGCUUCCUGGACACAACAAAGAGGAAGAAAAAGAGCAUUGAAGAGCAACUGGGUUUUUUGGUUCCAGUUUCAUUUUAUAUUAAGUUGUGUGCAGCUACGUGUGUUUACAAUCUUCCGGUUUGAACCAUACUAUGGAUUAUAUGCAUUCUGUGUUUUUCUAUAUAUAAUAAGAAUGUAAUGGUGGUGGUGUUUUUUGUA